CCUCUUCUUGCGGGAGCCGGAGUUUAAACGGUGAAUGGUGUGCGCGUCGGUGCUGUUAUAGUUACACAGAGCUGUACUCUCAGUAAUUCAGCUGGACAUGGAUGACCAUGGCAGCAGCAUCUUCUCCUGGUUUGCCCACCCUGUAUACUCCAGGUACUGGAAUCAUUACCACCAGGCUAAGCUCUGGCAGCAGAGGCAUCGCCAGGCCUACAGGAAGGCCCUGGCGUCCAUCUACGGCACCCCUGCUCAGUCACGGUAUUCUGACUGGCACGGGGGCAAGAGAGCCUCUAGUCCACGGCCAGAGGGAUGGAGGAGCCGAGCUCGCGCGGGACCCUUGCUUGCCUCUGUUCCCCAAGCGAAUGGCGAGAUGAGCUCGCCGGACUCUGAGGAUGUGAGCUCGGACAGCGACAUCGAGUAUGAUGUCAGCAAUAUGGAAAUCACGGACGAGCUGCGUCAGUACUUCGCCCAGACGGAGCGGCACCGGGAAGAGCUGAAGCAACAGCAGCAGAUGGACUCUGAGCAUCAGAGUCCGUACAUCUUGGCUGACCAUGACCUCCACAGAGAUUCCGAGCGCAGUGCGCAGCCCCCAGCCGAGAGGCCAGGUGAGCGUCGGCGAGCGGAGAUGAAGAUACUCUAUGGGGAAGACGCCUCCAAGAUCCUGGGCAUGGAGACGGCCAUGCAGCUGACCUUCGACCGGAACUGUGAUCGGAAGCAGCCAAAGUACUGGCCAGUGAUUCCUCUGAAACUGUAGGGCUGGCCGCACUUAUGUUGGACUGGUUGUUCCGGAAACCUUCUCUCUGCUAAACUGGGCCACACCUUGAAUUUGAGUUCAUCAGCUGAAAGCUGCCAGUCUUUUAGCACUGCAUGAACAAAGUUUGUAACUGCUUAUCUGAACCUGAGAGCACAAGCUGGAGAACCUCACUGAUGGGGCAGUAUGGUGAGCAGUCCUGUCAGUGACCCCUCAGCACAAAUCAUGUCCUGUGCGCUUAUAGCCAAACCUGCUGUCACACUUGUUAUGUUUUUGUCCCAAAUGCAUCCUGCCUAAAUUUAGUCAAGAAGUUGGAGUUUUGUCAUCGUUGUGUACAAACCAUGUUCUUGUAGGAAGUGGUUCUUUGGGCGUGGUCUGUAAAUAAAGGUUCACUCAUUGAAAAUUGUUUAAAUAAUAUGCACUUAGAGAAGAAAAAACAACCAGUAGAGUAAAGGGUAUGGUAUGGUUCUGGUAAAUUUGGCUGUAGCAGGCAGACAUGGCUGCUUUUCCAAAUGAAGUGGGUUUAAAAUAAUGUGAUUAUGGCGACUUCCACAAGUAGGUCAAAGCUGUGGAAGUUACCGGGCUUUAUCCUCCCUUCCAUGUCGAAACUCACAGGGUGGAAGAAAUGGUCUCCAAUUAUCCAUCUGCUUCAUCUUUUCCCUCUUUGGUAUUAAAGUUUGUUUUUCAGCUUUGCGGUAAAUACUCAUGUUUUGUACUGCAUUCCAGUAACAAAAUGGAUUCAGUUUUUCUGUUAUAGUUUUUGUUUUAUUUCAAGUCGUGCUGAACUGGAGCAGGCGAACAUGGGAUUGAAUAAAAGGGUAUAUGGCACUCAUUAAUGGAACACAUAGUCCAGAAAUAAUGCACUGCAGAGGCUGAAGAACAGAUUUUAGAGAUUGUAAGUGUUGCAAGCUGGGUUGCUGUUUUAAACUCGCUCACAAGUGAAGUACAGUUAUUAUGUGUAAUGCGGAGUUUUUUUUUUUUUUUGCCCUCUUCCUAUAUUUGAAGGGACCUCUUUGUGCAACAACGAUUGUCCACUCUGUGUUCAUUCUCACACAGAUCUUUCACUAAAUGGGGUGAGAAAAGCCUCACUGGGUGCUGCUUUGUGAUGAUUUGCCAUUUUUAACAGUUGUCAUACUUCAGUGUGUCAUAAUACCAUGGAAACUAGUAUAGCAAUACAUCUCAAUGAGUUCAGUUUUUAUAAAUUUAGUCACUGAUUCCCGCAUUUGACUUGCUAAAUCUUGGCAACCAAGUAACGAUGACAAUUUUAACAAACUCUUGGUAAAGGAAGAGUUUGAAAGAGCCAUGAAGCCCAGCUGGCAAACAGAUCAAGGGAGUGAUAUAUUCAACAGUAACACAAUGCAAGUACCUCUUUUUGAUCCUUUUAAGAACUGUUCUGGAACUUCUAGAAGAAAGGGGUUUCUGAGUAGAAUGGAAGAGUAUAAACAGCUUUGCUUUGCAGUUGCCCAAGUGAGUGGUCUGAGAGAUGGAUAGUAGGGCUGUUGUCCACCUACUUGCCACAGUAGCUUAUCAAAUUAGUUCUUAAAGGUGUGUUGAAUGUACCGUAGAUAGUACAGAAGGAAUAAGCAUUUGUUUCAUGUUAAUAAACAGGGAUGAAAGGACUUUUGUAUUCUGCGUGAUGGAGAAGGAUACCUACAGUUGUUUCCAUUGUGUGUGGUGACUCGCUGGAUUGUGCUGCUUGUCUUACACACCGGGAGAGCGGCAAGUUUGUCACUUCAGGGAGGCCAAGUGAUCGUGGCUUUUUAAUGCUGCUUUCGACUUUCGCUUGGAGCUCAAGAAAGGACUCCAUUGUAUAUCCUGUGUUCUCGCGAAAUACCUCUUUUCCUCGCAAAAAAAAUCUUCUUCCUUUCUUUAUGCUUGAUUUUUAUUAAAUGAAAUUUGUUGGACUUUAUACA